CCUAGUUUCAUAUGCUUCAUAUCUACUGAUGCCUGACAUAAAAGAUGGCUGAGGAUGUCUUGUAUGCUGAUUUGAAUAUUUUACAGCUAGCCCCAAAUGCUGCUGAGUCAAGAUCAUCAAAAGGCAGAGAACGAGAUAACCCCCAUAUGUGGUAUUACAUUGCUGUUUCUCUUGGGAUUGUUUGUCUUUUACAGCUGGGAAUAAUAGUAUUCACUAUACACUUAUUAAACAGACAAGAAGCUAAUCAAAACAUAUCAAAGGAAACUUUGGAUUUGGAGAACUGCACUCUGCAACUUCAGAAAAAGCAGGAAGAGUGUGAAACUUUGAAAUUUAACCUGUCAGAACUCAGCACAAAAAAACAUCCAAAUAAUGCAAUACAGACUUCUGAAAGUACUUACAUCUGCAUGCAUGGCUCUACUUCACAAAAUGAUACAGUAGAGCACUGCAAAUGUUGCCCAGAAGGUUGGAUUGAAUUCAAGGGAAUCUGCUACUACUUUUCUAAAGAACAAAAAAACUGGAACUCCAGCAAUUUAUUUUGCACUUCCAGCAAUGCACAGCUUGUUAUAUCUGAUAGCAACAGCAUAUUGGAGUUUAUAAAAAGUAAUUCCAAAAGAAAAAGAAUUUGGGUUGGCCUUAGAAAACAUGACAGAAGGUGGAGAUGGAUUAAUGGCAAAACUCUAGAAAGAGGAAUUAUUGCAUUUUUGAAUACUGAUUGUGCAGAUGUCUUUGAAGGACAACUACAGUCAUCUUCCUGUGAAAAUGAACAACACUUUGUCUGUGAAAAAAUGGCACAGUGCUUCUUUCUUCUUCAUAAUCCUCAUCACCUGCCUUCACAUUGUCAAGGUCUUAAGUACACUUGCAAAAAAUUGGCAUGAAGUAAAUCUCUUUAACACUGGGAAUUACUUGUCAUUUAGCAGACUUCCAUCAUAUGGGAAGCAUUUCUAAUAGAAAGACAUCAGACAUUACAUCUUGUUAUGUUAUUUUCUAAAUAAUUCUAACAAGAGAGAGAUUAUUUGAAUAGUUUGCGCUUACUUGUAAGUUUCAACACUUUAUUACACAAAUAAAUAGCAUUAAUUCUGAAAGUCUGUAUCUGACAAAAAUAACUGACUUCCCAAAUUACGGAUGCAGUUAUACAAUACUUUGGCAUGUUUUAAAAAUCCAGUAAGAAAAGUUGCUAGUAUAACAUUUGCACGGUGGCAUAUAGUUUCAAGUCUGAACCUAUGUUCCAGAAUAAUUGAAAGUAUAAAUACUACAUGCGUGUCAGAAGCAUUAAUUUCAAUUUACUUGUUUGUCACAGAUGAUAUCCCUUUGAACUUUUAUGUAAACCAGUUUCAGUAAGUGUUCUUUCUUCAAACAAGAUAUACAGUUGUUAAAGAAUUGCCAAGUAUGUUCUGUUAAAUCCAUACACUUGUUGAGAUAGCAAAACUGUACCUUUUAAUUAAGCACACUAAUACUAUUUAUUAGAUCUUAUAGGUCAGAUAAUGAACAAAAUGCUUUACUGAAGAUGUCAUUCAACAACAAUGCUACUUCAGUGUGUAUUACAGACACAAAUACAUUUGGGCUUCAUACUCUGUGAUUUGAGAUACAAAUAUUUAUACUGUAUGAACCAGAAAUGCCAAAUGCAGAUAUGACAUUACGUGUAUUACUUUAAUUAAUACUGAAUGCACUGUAGCUGCUCUGUUGACAUAGAGGGAUAAAACCCUGACUACAACCCAGGUUUGAGUAGCGUCUCAGGUGACUAAUGGAGCAGCAGGGAAAGAUGGGCAUGCCCAUCCUGGGGUGCACAUGAUACAUGAGAGUCUCUAGAUGAUGAUCCCUGGUGGAGGUCAUGGACAUUGCCCAAGGAGACAUGGUCAACAAGGGCAAUGAGAUUUGGCUGAUCUGCUGCAGAGGUGGGGAAAUAUGCAGCAGACCCCCACAUUGCAUGCCCUAGGGCCAUACCACACUGCAACAAAGGGGAGGGGGGAAUAAAGUAUGCCAAUAAGCCAAGUAGCCUGUGAUCCUUGACCAGCCCCAGCAGAUCACUGGAAUAGUCUGUGGCGGCAUGGAGGAACUGGUAGACCCAGUGCAGAUGGGGCAUAAGGACUGGGCUAGUAACAAUGAAGGAAGGAUGUGGGGAAAUAAAAAAAAACAUUGAAUGAACUGUCUGAUUCAGUAUAGUUUUCCUGCACAAGAAUAAUUCAAGCAUAUAAUGUGACAUUUUGAUAUAUUAAUUCAACAAAUAGCACUUUACUAAAAUAUAAUUUGAAACAUCAUUCCUCAGCAAGGAAGACAU